GAUGAAAACGAGGUUUGAUUCUCUCUCUUUCCCUCAAAUUUUGGGGACGACCUUGAUCCACCCCAAUUCCUUCCACCAUUUCUCCCACAUUUACCCUAAAAAAGAUUAAUCUAGAAUACCUUCACAACCAUCUCUCAAUUUCCAUUUUCUGCUAAUUUUAAGAUUCUCCCUCCUAAAUCCUCUUUCUCUAUUCAUCAAUUCUAGAUCUGAUCAUUUUCCCCUUUGGUUCGAUUGAUGAUUCCUCUGAAAUUUUCAAUGGAUACCGGAUGGUGAAUUUGACAGGAGCGGAUGGAAAAGGGAAGAGGAAGUUACGAGGAGAAUCGUGAUCGGCAUAUUGUUCAGAGCAACGGUGUAAAUCGAACGAUGAAGAUGAAUGGAACGAGCUCUUCUGAAGAUUUGUGGUCGAUUUCAUUGUGUUCUGGCGUUGGCUACAUCGAGCACCCUGUUUCAAAGUUCGAUACUCUUGCCGGAAUUGCUAUCAAGUACGGCGUCGAGGUCUCGGACAUCAAGAAAAUGAAUGCACUGGUUACGGACCAACAAAUGUUUGCUCUUAAAUCUCUACAGAUUCCAACUCCUGGAAAGCACCCUUCUCCACUCUUAUCUGAAGAUCUUGACAUUUCCAGGAAGAGUAAUUGUGAGCAAGAUUCAACUCGGCUCACAUCCUUUAAUCUCUUGGACUCAUUCCAAUCACUGAGAAUCAAAUCCUCCACUCUCAAAACUCCCAAACAACCCCAUCAAGCAAUCGUACCAGGAAUCUGUGAAUUGACAUCCUAUGGCAAAGGUGAAUUCGACCAUUUAGGAUCUCAUCCUAAGCUAGCAUCCUCCCAUAAUCCCCAUGGAAGACGCCAUCGAAAAUCAAGAAGCUUUGCAAAUGGUUUUUCUCUCGAAAACAUUGAAUUCACCGACAUCGUUACAGCCCCAAAUGGAGCAACUGACUCCAUCAAAGGGGGUGAAAAGCUCUGCAGGAGACGUCAGAAAUCAAUGGCAGACUUCUCGACUGCAACUGAAAGCAUCUCUAACAAGACAUACGCCACCAACAAUGGUGAAUGUUUGUCAAUGACAAAAAGAAGCUUAGAUCUGAGACUGAAAGGAGCUCUUGGUAGAACAAAUGCUGCAUCAAAUGGAGUUACUGAAUUGAGUAAAUUGACACCAAAUUUAACUGAUGAUGUGGGAGGAAAUUCUUCGUUUAUGAGUAAUCGAAUUCUUGGUGGAAGAAGAUCAUCAAGUACAUGUAAUUUACAGGAAGCUGACAAAGGAAAUUCUUCAUCAUCAUCUAUGUGGUCAACUUCUUCUUGGAGUUUGAAAACAGAUCUUCAAGCAUUUUCAUCUGCAAUGGUUACUAAGUCUAUAUUUGAAGGUUUGCCAAGGUCGGGAUCAACAAGGUAUAAAGCUUCAAGGGAUUGAUUAAGAAUUCAUUGGUUUUAACAUAUUUAUUUGCAGAUUGACCCAACAUUUGUGCAGAAUGAUCAAUGAUUUUGAAUAAGAACACAUAAAUUUUGACGAUGCGAGAUUGUUUUCAAAAUUUUGACGAUGAGAGUUUGUUUUUAUGAAAGUGUAAUCUAUGGAUGAGAGAUUGUUUUUCAAAAGUGUAAUCUAUGUGAGAAGGAGAUUGUUACGUUCAUACUGUAAAAUUCAGACUCGGUUAAUGGAUGAAGUAUCCCCACUAAGUAUUAGAAAAUAGUUUUUCA